AUGAGCCGUAAACCGCUUCAACGGAAAAUUGCCGACGCUUUUGAAGAGCAAACAGACGGAUCCGGUACAAAGACAUGCCGAUGUCUUGCCAACCUCGGGAAGUGCGAAUAUGUGCAAAAAACAUUCGUCCUUGCCAACUUCAAGCGGCACAUCAUAGUGUGCCAUGUUGAGGUUGCCCGACGACUGGGAAUCCUACCGGAUAACACCGAAAAUGCAGAUGCCCCCAGUACGUCAAAGCGGCCGAAGCAGUCACCUUCGAAAAUCACCACAGAACACGACCGAAAAUCCGCCCUGAAAGGGUCCAUAAUGUACGUCACCGAAAACAAUCUUCCGCUUUGCUUUCCGGACUGGGAAAGUUCCCAGCUGCUGAUAGGCCUAAUAUGGAAGGCCUACGGGUUGCACGUCACCAGCAAUACAAUGCCCAACCUGGUGUCACAUGUUGCGGAAAUCAUGCGCCGUAUUAUGGUGGAGAAGUUCCAGAAUCAGCUGGUGGCCCUAAAAAUCGAUUCGGCAACACGGCUGGGGCGGUCGUUUUUUGCCAUAAACGUGUCCCUCGCAGACGAGGACGGGGAAAUCCAAAUUUAUCAUCUUGGACUGUUACUUACAAAACUUGAUCGACAUCAAACCAGUGCACCGCGGGAGAAAACUGCUGUCGGUGGCGGGAAACCAUAUAGAGGAAACACCUACGGAUACAAUGUCCCUACUUCAUUGAAAAAAGUUGGCGUGUGUCGAGCUGCUUUUGAAAUCCUUCACGGGGUGUCGCCGAGCCGCGUUCGAAGAUUGUGUCUUCUUCUUGCACAGGGCAAGCUUCCAAAUGAUUCGCGGGGAAAAUCGUCUCCUGGAAAUGCUAUUCCAGGUGCCACAACUGAUCUUAUACAAAAACGUAUUUCGUCGUUUCCCGUGAAAAUUGCCCAUUACACAAGUGCCGAGAUCGAGAAGCAUUAUUUGAGUGAGAAGCUUGAUCUUACGAUCAUGUUUGGUAUGUUCAAGGAGAAAUAUCCAAACUCAAAGCUGAGCUACUGCUAUUACAGGAAGAUUUUCCGUGAACAUUUUGAUUUAUCCUUCGGUCGUCCUCAAGUAGAUACAUGUUGCACAUGUGAAGAGCUGUCUGUUCAAAUCAAGAAUUCGUCUCUUAAUGAAACAGCAAAACGGGUGGCUGUUAAUGAAAAAGCUGUCCAUCUACGUAGGGCUAAAGUGUUUUCAUCACUGAUGACCGGAAUAAGCCAGCAAUCAGAUGACAGUGUUGCAGUUAUUGCCAUGGAUUACAUGCAGAACUUGCAUAUUCCAAAUAUUCCGGUUCAAGAAGCGUUCUACUUGAGACAACUUACAGUAAAUGUUUUUGGUAUCCAUAACUUGAAAAACAACAGUGCCAAAUUUUUUGUUUAUUACGAAGGAAACGGAACGAAGGGUCCAAACGAAGUUUGCUCUUUUGUAAUGCAGUACAUAACCGACAAAUUGAAAUCUGCCAGACGGCUGCAUAUUUUUUCGGAUGGAUGUGCGGCACAGAAUAAGAAUAAUACGAUGGUGAGGAUGUGCUCGGCCUUGGUCUCUCUGGGAAAAUUUGAUUCAGUCGAUCAAUACUUCCCAAUCAGGGGGCAUUCAUUCUUGCCAUGUGAUAGAGACUUCGCCGUAUUGAAGAAGAAGAUCAGCAAAGUUGACCGCGUCUACACAGUUGAGGAAUAUGUAGAUCUUAUCAGAUCUGCUGCCAAGCGUAACCGAUUUGAAGUUCAAACUAUCGAGGCCAAGGAUAUCAUUGACUUCAAAUCUUGGUGGCCAAAGUACUACAAGAAAGCAGCGAUAUCAUUGGAAACUAGUGGCAGAAGUACCCCAAAGGACCAGAAGGUUCACUUCAAGGUGUCGCAGUUCAACCAUUUUUCUCACUCGGAAGAAAAUAAGGACCUAGUGGUGGCGAAAGACUACAUUCGUGGUGCUAAAAAUAACACUUUCCGGCUGUUGUCCAAGCCAGGACAACUAAAACUCCCAACAAAUCCAGCAUAUCCAGCAGGAAAAGUACCGAUAAAUAUAAAGAAAAUUGAUGACAUCAAGAAGCUCAAAUCGUACAUUCCGGUUGAUGAUGAUAUUACUGAGUUUUAUGACGAAAUUUUGACGAAUUGGCCUACGUGCGAAACUGACGCUCAAGAAGAAAGUGGCCAGUGAUGUACCCAAGCGGAGAAAUCCAAGUUUUGUAUUGUUCAAUGAAAUAAAGAUGAAAUGAACCAAAAUUGAAACAUUACUCAUUAUUCACUCAAAAUUGUUGAAAAUACAUCAAUUUUAGGGGAGAGGGGAGGGGGGGGGGGUUGGCCAAAGUCUCCGCUCCAUACAAAUUUCGAAAUUUUCAUAUGGGUGUAAGUCAACGAGAGGGGAUUAUGGUGGGAUG